AUGGCUAUCAAUCCCGAGUAUCAGACGAGCAUGGAAGAUGGUAUGCUGGUUCCGGUCAGACACCCUUUCUAUCGCCGGACUGGUAAUCCACUCCGAGAUCUCGUUGAUGAUAUCAACUUUCCUCAUUUCUGCUACAAGGCCGUAGCAUACACCUAUGUCCUGACAAUCCUCUGGGGAUUCUACAUGAUCUUGCCACUUCCUGGACAUUGGAGCACCGAUGGACAGCCAGACAACGUCACGAUCUUCUCUCGGGAUUACACCAACUACUUCGACGUCUUCAAGGUCUCCUCGGCAUGUCACCUCCAAGCACCCGAUCUCUAUCUUCCUGCCAUCGACGCGAUUCCAAGCCUCAACGGUAGUUCCUACUGUUCCACACGCCUGGGAUUUCUCUCGGCCAUAUCUGAAGGAAACACCAGCAGUCCUGACAUACAACACUGGGUGCAAGGAUGCCGUUACCCCUGGUAUUCAAUCGACGAAAUCUGCACGAUCAUCGGACGAUUCAGCGCAAUCAUCUUCGUGGGAGAUUCCAGCCUGCAGUCGAUCUACAACGGUUUCAACAUUCUGCUCCGACAAGACCUGGUCAACGGAUGUUUGGCGACUUGGGACAUGCCUGACGGCGCACAAUUGCAUUGCCGCUGCGAGAACCAGUUCACCGAGCCCUUUUGUGUCAAAUACUUUGUCAAUUCAAGUCUACAGCUGCCGCCACAGUCGUGGAGAGCUGAUCGUCGAGACAAAUACCAUUGUGACCGGUCCACGCGCCACGAAUAUCUCGAAGUCAACUACUCGCCUGCCCCCACCACGGUCUUGGACAAAUUGGACUCUCUGAUCACUCGACCUGGACCUUCGGCCUCCCAACGCAAGCCCGUCGCCAUCGUCCACGGCCUGUCUCCCGACUCCCUCCCGGUCGAACGUGCCGCGGCAUCGGUGUUCGAGUUCAAGCACCGGGCGUCCAGCUUAACCGCUAACGCGCUCAUGCUUUGGAUCGGCCCCGGUGCCACGGGCACGCGCGAGCCGCUCAACGACGACCGCGACCGCGAGAUCCGGGCGUUCGACGAGUACAUGGCCCUGUCGGCUGCCCGGUUUGGCGUCGACGUGCUCGGGAUGUGGAAGGCCACUUUUCAUGCCUGGAGCUUGGACGGGCCUCGGUCUCAAGAAAAGCUGGCCAUCACGCAGGCCAUGAUGGUCGUCAACUGGCUAAGUUGGCUGGAGGCUCGCUAA